UCAAUUCACAACUCCACCUGAAAAUUCUUUAUAAUUUCACAAUGAAUCUGUAGCACUCACAAUUUACUCUAUAAAGCACUUUUUUGCUUUGUAAAUCACGAAAAAUGUGGUGCGUUCUCCAAAAAAUCCACACAAGAACUUCAAGUGAAAAAGUUACGCAUUUUAAACACAAGCGCCACCAGAGAACCCGUCAUCAAUGCAACAUCAGCGCCACUGACAGGCAGUGGCAUUUUCAAUUGUCAUUUUCUCGUUACGCGACAUCGUCCAUCAUGUCGUUCUCUCCUGAAAAUUAGUGAUAAAUUUGCUAAAAUAGGCAAAAUAGUGGCCGGAAGCGUGGCCCAGUAACUUCCGACGGUGCAAACGUGUAUGCAGGACAAGCGGAAGUGUUGAUUGUUGUGUGAAAACGACAAGAAAAAAGUCUCCUUGGACAACAGUGGUGGCGGAGUGCUAAAAAAAUCAACUUCAUUUCAUUUCUCAAUCUCACCUCAUUUGUUCAACUUCUGUGUACUGUGAAAUGAUAAAGAUGGAAACGGAUAAAAUUAUGGAUGAUUCCAAUAGCAAUUCACAGUACACCUCGAUGAUUCUGUACGAUCCAGCGAGGAAAAAAGAGCCAUCGCCAACAUUUCAGAAUGAACGAGAAACCUGCCUAACGUACUUCUUGAAAUGGAACGAAGCAGAUCAAGUGGAUUUUGUUGAACAAUUACUAUCCCGAAUGUGUCACUAUCAGCAUGGGCAUAUAAAUGCAUUUCUCAAACCAAUGCUCCAGAGAGACUUUAUUUCUUUGUUGCCAAAAAAAGGACUGGAUCACAUUGCGGAAAAUAUCUUAUCGUAUUUGGAUGCUGAUUCGUUGAAAGCUGCUGAAUUGGUGUGCAAAGAAUGGCUUCGUGUUAUUUCCGAAGGAAUGCUAUGGAAGAAGUUAAUUGAACGCAAAGUAAGAACUAAUUCGCUAUGGCGUGGUCUUGCCGAGAGACGUGGAUGGAUACAAUAUUUAUUUAAACCACGACCGGGCACAACACAUCGACAGCACUCAUUCUACAGGGCACUCUUUCCUAAGAUUAUGAAUGACAUUGAAAGUAUAGAAAGCAAUUGGCGCUCUGGGCGUCAUAUGCUAAGACGUAUUAAUUGUCGUUCAGAGAACUCCAAAGGUGUCUACUGCCUUCAGUACGAUGAUAAUAAAAUCGUUUCGGGCUUGAGAGACAAUACAAUUAAAAUAUGGGAUAGAAGUGAUCUGAAAUGUGUAAAGACACUGACAGGCCAUACAGGAUCUGUGUUAUGCCUUCAGUAUGAUGAUAAAGUCAUAAUAAGUGGAUCAAGUGAUUCUACCGUCCGUGUGUGGGAUGUCAAUUCCGGUGAAAUGGUUAAUACGCUCAUUCAUCACUGCGAAGCUGUCUUACAUUUGCGAUUCAAUAAUGGAAUGAUGGUCACAUGUUCCAAGGAUCGCUCUAUAGCAGUGUGGGAUAUGACAUCGCCUGGUGAAAUUACAUUGCGCCGUGUCCUUGUUGGGCAUCGUGCAGCUGUGAAUGUAGUUGAUUUCGAUGAGAAAUACAUCGUAUCGGCAUCCGGGGAUCGUACCAUUAAAGUGUGGAAUACAUCAACUUGUGAAUUUGUUCGGACCCUCAAUGGUCACAAAAGAGGUAUCGCGUGUCUCCAGUAUCGUGAUAGAUUAGUGGUCAGUGGCAGUUCGGAUAACUCUAUAAGGUUAUGGGAUAUUGAAUGCGGAGCAUGCCUUCGUGUACUGGAGGGACAUGAGGAGUUAGUGCGAUGUAUUCGAUUCGAUUCAAAGCGGAUUGUGAGUGGAGCUUACGAUGGAAAGAUAAAAGUGUGGGACUUGGUGGCUGCCUUAGAUCCACGUGCUCAGACGAGUUCAUUGUGCUUAAAAACACUUGUGGAACACACUGGUCGUGUAUUUCGACUGCAAUUUGAUGAAUUCCAAAUAGUGAGCAGUUCUCACGAUGAUACCAUUUUAAUAUGGGAUUUCCUCAACUACAUACCACCCGAAAGCAAUUCGAAUCGAAGUCCAUCACCAUCGCUUAUGGAGCAUUAGUGUGUGGUUGUAAUAUGUAAUUGACAUCCAGGUAAUGAUCUCCUCUACAUUACUUCUCUGUCUCUCUGACGAAUGAAUAAAAAAUAGGAUGAAAAAGAAAAAAAAAUAUGUGCACUGAAAAAAAAUUAACUUGUGAGUUAAUCAAUAGGAUUAUGAAAAAAAAGAUAUAAUUGAACUCUGUUAGUUUUAGCAACAACAUAGUCGCUUUUACCAUAAAAUUCUUUUUAGUAUAUAAGUUAUCUUCCUCUCUCCCCUCUCUCUCUCUCUCUAUCUAAUUAAAAUAAAAUUCGAAUGCAAGGAUCUUGAGAAACAAAGUAAAAAAACGCAAAAAGCUGAAUAUUUAAAUUCACAUUUAGUGAAGUGAUGAGAGAUCCUUUUUUUAAGAUUAAAUUAUAAUAGAAGAAAUUAGUUUGCUGCUGAUUUAUCAUAUUGUGUCCCAAGGAUAACGCAUAAUUGAAAUUUUAAUUGACAAAAAACGUGCAAUUUUUUUGGCUUCGUGCAGCGAUUGUUUGUACGCUAAUUUCAAGACUGAUUAAUACCAGUUUAAAUAUUUUAGCAAAUUUUACCCACAAAGAAAUAGGAAAAAAUAUAUUUGCUCAAAAUUUUAUUAAUUUAAGCCAUUUUAAUGAUUUUUUUUAAAACAGCAUGAUGAAUAAAAAUGAAUUAAAAACACUGAAAUAAAAGUAUAUGCAUUGAUUUCAAUUGUGCGUUUAAUGUGAGACAAAAAAAAAUGUAAAAUCCAUUUUUUUCUAUUGACUUUUAUAUAAACUACUACAGUAAUACCAUUUAUAUCAUUAUAUUCUUUAUAAUUCCCUUCAUAAAUUGCCCCUUGAUCCUUUGUACAGUAAUUUACUGAUUUUUUUUGAAAGAAAAUUAAACUUAUGCACCAGAUUUUGAAAUGAAAAAUAUUCUUGGUUGUCCUACAACAUAAAUAUAAUUUAUAUUAAUACUUUAUACCUAUACAUAGAUAAUAGCUUGUAACAAAUUGACCAAUUUUCUGUGUAUAAUCCGCAUAAUCUAUUAUUAUUACCUACCUACUAUUAUUAAGUCCUCUCAGAGUACUUCAUUUUGUUAUUAAAGAAGAAAAGGAUAAAAGUUUUUUUUUUAUUGUAAAUGAGAUUCAAGUAAAUUAUUUUCCAUCACAUUUUUUUUUAUAAAAUAUAUCUUUCAACAUUGAUUUGUAUAAUUAGUGCCAAGUGAAUGAAAAAAAAAGUGAUGACGGUGACGACUAGAAAUUUGCAAAAUAUAAUAGUUUUGUCAUUUUGGUGAAUCUUUUAAAAGAAGAAAUUUGAUCUCCAGCAAAUUUGUCAGAUAAAUAAAUAAAAUUCAAUAGUAGUUGCAUAAAAAAAAGUAACUUGUUAUAAAUAUAUUAGGAAAAAAAAUUGUGGCUGCCAAUUUUUUCAACUCAAAUCGAUCUACAAAAAUACAAUUUUCCAAAAUUUCUCAAAGUAUAAAUUAAAAAGGAAAAAAAAAAACGAAAGGCAUUACAGGAGAAAUCGCAUGCAGCAGAAAAAAUAGAGAAAAAAGUAAACAAUUUUAAGAUAAGAAACAGCAAAAAUUAAGCGUAGAUGCGAAAAAAAUUGUUAAAAAAUAUUAUUCAACAUGAAAAAUGGAAAAAAUUCAUAGAAAUAAUGUACAGAAAGUUCAUGUAGUUAGUUCAUUAUUAUAUAAUAUUAAAAAAAAUAAUAUUAGGUAAAUAGAAGAUAAAAAAGGGAUGUAAUUAGUUUUUUUUUGUGUGACGUUCAUUAAAAUUCGUGUCUUUUUAAAGAGGAAAAACUCCAUGUAAGUUCGGCAUUUAUUUAAUAGGAAAAAAGAAAAUUCAAAUACACUUGAAAUGAAGAAUUUUAUGAAUUUUAAAUCGCACCCAGUGUAAUAAUUCUGUUAGAAAAUAAAGGAUUAUUUUAAAUAUACAAUUAAAAAUUUAAGGAGAA